AUUAGGCAAAGGGUUAAGUAUUUAUUAAUCAAAAGAAUUCGUGUUGUUAUUGUAAUAUUUUCUAAUUUAAACAUACUUUAGUCCUUCUGACAAGUUUUGUAUCGUCAAUAUUGUUUUCUUAAUAACUGCUUUUGGGAUCAUAUUCAAUUUGUUUUAUACAUCAGUGUUAAAACAUAUUUAUAUAUCGUAUUUUGAGAGAUGCAACCACGACAAAAGUCGCACUCGAUUGACGAAGGAGGGAGGCCAACGGCAACGAAUUGGAAAAGGAAAUUCGCAGGGAAGGCCAGACUUCCGGGCGUAAAGAAAAGAUGCCAGAGAGUAAAGAACUCAGAGCCACCUCAAUACACGGAUCCCGGAACAAACAAGGAGGCAAUGCCAGACCUUGAGGAAGUCGUUUCUUCAGUAGCGGAGAAAAUGCUACCGGAAAUCAACAAGAGGAUAGAGACGAUUAUAUCUCAACACCUUGACACACCAUCGACUGAAGGUAGCAAAGUCUCUUCUAGUACAUCAACUGACAAUGUUCAAAAUUUAUCUAAUUCAGAUCAAGUCAUUUGUUUUGACACCUUUUCUCCUUCAUGUUCAAUGCCUCAGAGCAUAACCAGUGUAAAUGAUUAUCUAGGUAUGCAUGUUACACCGUCAGUUAAACAAAAAAUCAUGAAAGGGGAGUUUGUAGAAUUGCAUACACUUUUAAAUAAGCAAACAGAUAUUGAAGCAUUGGAGAGUAGAGUUCUAUUUUCAAAUGGUCAACUCACAUUAAAACCUGCAAAUACAAUCAAAAUUACAACAAUUGAUACUUGGUUGGAUGCAUUUUUUAUUUAUAUGAGUAUAUAUUUGUCAGCACAUAUUGAUCAAACUCACAGCCUUAUCAUAUAUAUGGCUAAUGUCAAACUCGGUGCCAGUCGAGUUUCUGGUGGAUUAGAAUGGAAAGAAUAUGACCGACAAUUUAGACUAAAAAGAGCCAAAGAUAACAGUAUUUCCUGGGACAAAAUCGACCCAGAGCUUUGACUUCUUU